UGAAUAUUAUUGUAACACUAAUAGUAUAUGUGAGCACAGCUGGACUGCACUGACUGAAGGGUGUUCAAGCUUCUUUGGGGGAGGAUCCACACACACACACACACACACACACACACACACACACACACACACGCUAGAUUAGUAUCACAAGUCGAAACAGUCUGUUGUCAGGAAUUUCAGUGUUAUAAUCGCAGAGUGGAUAUUAGAAAUGUCAAAUAAAAUGUUUUAUGCUGUCAUUUUGUUCUGCUUGCAACCUGUUGUAUUUGCUGAUACGGUUACAGUGAAGUCAGUGUCAGUGACGAAGGGAAAUUCAGUCACUCUAGACUCUGGUCUUACUGAAAUGAUGGACGAUGAUCUGAUUCUGUGGAGGUUUGGAUAUAACAAGACGUUAAUAGCUGAAAUCAGUGUAAUGGAAGACAGCAUCACUGUAUAUGAUGAUGUUCCUGAUGAGAGAUUCAGAGACAGACUGAAGCUGGAUUAUCAAACUGGAUCUCUGACCAUCACAAACACCAGAACUGAACACACUGGAGACUAUCAACUACAGAGCAACAGUGUGAGGAAGAGAUUCAAUCUCACUGUCUACGCUCGUCUGUCUGUUCCUGUCAUCAGCAGAGACUCUUCACAAUGUUCUUCAUCAUCAUCAUCUUCAUCUUCAUCACAGCAGAAUUGUUCAUUGUUGUGUUCAGUGGUGAAUGUGAGUCAUGUGACUCUCUCCUGGUACAAAGGAAACAGUUUAUUGUCCAGCAUCAGUGUGUCUGAUCUCAGCAUCAGUCUCUCUCUACCUCUGGAGGUGGAAUAUCAGGAGAAAAACAGCUACAGCUGUGUGAUCAACAAUCCCAUCAGAAACCAGACCACACAUCUGGACAUCACUGAGCUCUGUCUCACAUGUUCAGAAGACCACGUCCACUGUUGUGGUUCUAUUGAAGCUGUGAUCCGAUUGGUCCUCUCUGCUCUGGUGGGAGUGGCCACCGCAGCAGUUCUGGUUUAUGACAUCAGAUCUAGCAGUGGCUAAAAUGAGAACAGAUUGUACAAAUAUUGUGUCUUAUGUUGGCAUUUUGAGCUAUUAAUAUAACCAUAUGUAUUCAAUGAUUUAAAUUCAAAGUAAUAAAAUCAACAAGAGCUUUUAUGUGUUGGGGCAAACGUAUUUAAAAAGCAUGCUUUUCCAUAUGAUAUACAGUAUAAAUCACACUAU